AUGUCCACAGACUCCACUCUGGGAGACAAGGCAUUAUCCCUCAGCACUACCAAGAUAUUUAGAUUCAAGACUAUUCUCAUAGGUCUGAUAUACUUCUCUUUCGGAGUCUUCCUGUACCAGACAAUCCGGUGGGCUGUUGAAAAGCGGGUGCCAAGUGCUUUAAUAACCACCUCCAGUAACACUGGCAGACGUGUGGAUGGUGCAGAUUACCAGGCUGCCUCCUUACUUCACACCUUGAAUACAAUGCCUGAGGUGGCAGUGGAGGCAGUACUUCUGAGCGAGAAGGGGUCAGAGGUAUGGGUGAGGCAGCCUCCAUGUCUCCCUGUAUAUCUAGGUCACCUCAAUCUCUUUCAUCAGCAUCAACCUCAAGACGAUAGCUCUAAUCUCCAUCAUUCAGCAGUAAGCUCUGUUAUGUGAGUUUGGGUGGAGGUCAAGCAUCCUGAACUUCUAUUGCCCUCCUCAUUGACUUCAUGGAGUAGUAACUGCAGCCUCUUGCCAACAAGGCUAUGCCCACUCCAUCACUCCUAACUCCACUACACCUCAGCCAGACCACCUCACCUCACCUACCUCCAUUACACCUUGGCUAGACCACCUCUUACCUCACCUACCUCCACUACACUUCGGCCAGACCGUCAGACCCACAUUAUACAAGGUAACAGUCAUUUCGGAGCAAAAGAGAUUCUAACAGAAUACACUAAAGCCUAUAAAUUGGAAAAAAAAUGGUUAUUAUACAGAAUUCCCAGAAAGUGCUGAAUCCAUAUGGUUCACUCAGCUAUGUUCUCCUGUAUUAUUAUUAUAAUCAUGGGGGAAGUGCUGAACACACAGGACACACUGAAGUUAAAUCCAAGAAAGGUGAGCUGUAACAUCAUUAAAUCUUCAUACUCAGUAUUUCACAUAUUUCCUAUGAGGAAUAAAAUAUUUUAUCACCUUUUAUACUUGGUAUUUUA